UUGCAGAUACACUCUCCCAGACAAGGACUAAAGAUCGCCUGGAAAAAUCCCCAGACUCUCGUUUCGGUCUAAAAAGCAAAAAUCUUGUCUUAUUUCAAGCCGAGAAGAGACCAGGAAGUGGAAUCAGAUUUUUUUCACCCUGUUUCACUGGUUUUUACAGAGCUGCACUUUUACUGAGCUUCCAGGAUGCAGCCUUCAGUGAUCUCCACUGAUGUUUCAUUAAAGCCAUAACACCCCUUUGUUCUUUGGCUUUGUCCCCAGGGGGAGUGAAAAAGGGCUUUUUGGUUUUGAUUAAAAAAAAAAAAAAAAGUUCAGAGAGAGAGAGAGAGAGAGAGAGGAGGGAGAGGGAAAGAAAUCCUUCCAGUUCUAACUCACUCAAGGAAGGUGUGAGCUUAUUUUCCUCCUUUCUCCUGGCUUUUUCCCUUCCCUUUUCCAGACUGGAUCAUGUUUUUUUCUCUUCUGCAACUUGAAUCCUCUUUCGGAUUAUUUCAACGUUUGCAACCAUGACCGAGCUUCUCCGGCCAAGUGGAUUAUUUGUUUUCUGAGCUAAGGUCCUCCAGAAUCGUGAUCCAGAGUCAGGAACCUCAAGGAGUAACAAUUUUGGCAGCCAUGAGCUCUGCUGGGGUGCUAACCUGUAUUCCAGACUCCGGACGGAUAUUCAGGGAGACUUCAUUGCGCCCACCGGUGCCAGGCCAAGAGACAAAAAAUUUCAAGACUGAAAAGUUUGCAAUGGAUCCUCAGCACUAUGAACAACAGAUGAAACACAAAGAAGAUUUAGUUAGAGAAGCAGAAGGUUGUGCAGCCCAAGAUUCCCGUUUUUCUCGAUGGGGUCGGUCCCUGAAUCUAUUGCUGGAUGAUCAGGAUGGGGCAACACUUUUUCGUAUGUACCUGGAAGGUCAAGGCCUAGUGGAUCUUUUAAGUUUCUGGUUUGCUUGUAAUGGCUUCAGAGCUAUGGACCCAGCAGAACCCAAAACCUCAAAGACAGCCAAAGCCAUAUAUCGAUGGUAUGUACAAAAUAGCCAAGCUGUUUCAGGACGUUUAAAGCCAUCCACGCGGGCCCAAGUUAAGGAUUGUGUCAAAAACCAACAACUGAAUAGAACUGUGUUUGACCAGGCACAACAGGAGAUUCAAAGAGCCAUGGAACAGGAGGCCUUUCCUUCUUUUUUGCAGUCUGAUAUAUGCAGGGAAUAUGCUCGUGCUAUUGAAGACAGUCCCACCCCUGAUAGCCCAGGACCUGGACUUCCAACUCUGGCUGAGGAAGAGGAAUAUAAUGGAUUACACCACACUUCUGUUGGUUCGAGCACCAUGGGGAAAAUAAACCGUGCCUUCUCACGCAUACCACCAAGAAGCCAAAGAUCCCACCUUCGCAAAAAUGAACAAGUAUAUCGGUACUUUGCUCCUGCGGCUAGCAUUAACGACAGUGAAAUUUCAAGUGAUGCACUUACUGAAGACAGUAUGUCUGUAACGGAUAGCAGUGUAGAUGGAAUCCCACCUUAUCGCUCCAAGCAGAGGGAAAUCCAUAGAAGUGUCAGUGCCAAUGGUCAAGUGCCUCUGCCUUUUGUUCCUAGAACAAUGCGUCCGCCAGCUGAAAUGAUGCCAUCCAAUCCUGCAGAAUUUGCUGCAAAACUGACCAUAGCUUUGGAAAAGGUUAAAAGACAAAGAGACGCAGAAGAAAAGUUAGAGGAAAAGUUACAAAGGUUAAAAGAGGAAGAAGAUAAACCUGAGUGUGACAUUCCUGCAUCCAGUCAUGAUGCUUUGCCAGCUGCUUCCUUAGAAGAUGACCCUCAAUCCAUCCUCGAUGACCAUGUAUCAAGAGUCUUGAAGACACCGUCAAAUCUGUCACCUAGAUCACAGUCUCCUUUCAUUCAAAGAAAAGUCAAAGGUCAAGCAACAUUUGGCAAAGGUCAAAGCUUUACUUCCUCCCACUUAAGACCGAAGGCUCCUCCUGGAAUGGAAACACCUGUCACACAGAAUAUAGAACAGAGGGGAUCCACUAGUUUACAGGGAUCAAGAAAUUGCAGAAAAGUAGAAGGGUCUCUCCCAUCUAAUAAACAGGAUGAUGGAAACUCUUCUCUUGUGCUGACCACGCCACUUUCACCUGAACAAGAAGUGGAACGCAGCCAUAGUGUAUUGCAAUGGGUUUUGGAAAGUGCAAAGAUGAUGAAAAAACAUCAUCGUGAUACAAACACAAGUAUAAACCACUGCUUGGAAGUGAAAAAAACAAGCCAUCGCACAACAUCACAGCCAGCACAUCUAUUCCUGCAGGAUACAUCUAUGCCUCCACUUACUGCACCAAACACCCUGGAUCAACUGGAAGAAGCCCGUCGUCGACUGGUAGAAGACAAAAGAGUUCCUAAACUUCAUAAGAAUAGGUGCGUGCAGUCUGCAACACUUAAAGAAAAAGGCAAAGCUGCAGAGAACGUACCAUCUUCUGGCUUCUCCACAAUGAAAUCUGAUGAGCUUAAGUCUGCAAAAAAGAUGAAUAGUGAUCAAGGGCAAGGAGGUUUAGCAAUUGUCUACUACUUCUGUGGAGAAAGAAUUCCUUACAUGAUUCGAACAAAGGAACCUAGCUUGACUUUGCAAGAAUUUAAAGAUCUGCUCAGUAAGAAAGGAAGUUACAAAUAUUACUUCAAAAAGGAGAGCCAAGAGUUUGAAUGCAAUGCUGUGUUUCAAGAGAUAUCUGAGGAGGAUGCGUUGCUGCCAUUAUAUGAGGAGAAGAUCAUCUGCAAAGUGGAAAGAGCAUGUUAAGCAAAUGCUUGACGCAAGUUACAGGAAUCUUCUACCGUUGCUGUUCAAAAGUGAAGGUUUAUGCAGCAAAUGGGACCUCAUGGCUUGAGCUCUUGGAGGAUGGAUAAAGCCACUGAGCUAUGGAUCUUGGAAUAAAAAAAAUGGAAAAUACAUGAACUGUGGUGAUCUUUUCAAGACACAUGUAUGUAAAGAAAUGGAGAUAAAAUGGAAAUCCUCAAAAUAUCAACAUGGAAAGUUAUUAAAAUGGGCAGUACCAUAGAUGGUCCCAUAGGAGAUCAGUGCAGAAUUCUAUUGUGACAAGAAUUUAAGGAGAAGCAUGUCUGCUGCAAAAACAAAAUGGAAGCAUAUUUCCUGAAUGUUUCUGGCCACUAUAUGUAUUCAGGUUCAUUGUAUAUAUGUAAUAUUGUGUAUUUAUAUUGCAAGUGACUUAGUUUUGAUGGACAAGAGCCAGCUUGCUACAGAACCUAGAACAUUUACACAUAAUACCACUAUGUAAUCCUGAAUUGCAAAUAAUCAUCGGAUACUCCAGUUCAUGUGGAUCAACGGAGUAGACGUAUACCAGUUUAUCAAAGAAUUCAUAAAAAUUGGAGACAAUAACCUACUUCAACAUAUUCAAUGUCAAUGUCUAUAAGAACAAGAUGGUGCUUGAGUUGGAGAAUAAUCUUCUGAGACCACAUUAUCACUCCUGGUAAUCAAGCUAUGCAAUAAAAUAAAAUAAAAAGAUCAAACUGCUGCUAUUAAGACUGUUGGUGGCUUUCUUGCCUGGUUUGUCCUGCAAGAUUUCACCACCAUACUGAUCAGAGGGAUAUUGCCAUCUGAAUUUUUUCAAGUCCAUUUUAAUAGAAUUUAUAAUUAUUACUUUUAUAUUUGGUACUAGUUUAUAUGGGUUAUAUUGUUCCUCUGAAUCACAAAUUGGAGGAUUAGAGCAAUUUACCUUUAUGUUCUGUUUUAAGAACAGAUUAUACUGUUUUGAUGAAAUGUCAUGAAAAAAGAAAACAAUUUGGAACCAGAAAAGGCACAUCAGAAUGUUUUGUGUUCACAUUUCUAUUGCAUUUCUUUUUAUUCCAUUGUGAUGCUGUUGAGAGAAAACAUCAUGUACAUUUUUGGAGAUAAAUAUCUGAAGCCAUAUCGACUAGCUUUAAACUCUGUUUUAGGGGUUUAUAUUUUCCCUUGAUUUUAUGAAGGGGUUUUCCUGCCUUUUUGUCCAUAUUGUAGAAAAAUAUGUAACCACAACAAACGCCUUUUUAUUUAAGCAAUAAUUAAUGCCUAAGCUGGGUAUUUUCUGAAUGAGCCUCUUGAUGCUGCUGAGAGGCUGUAUAUACAAACAGCGCUCAACUAGAACACAUUGACCUGUAUCAGAGUCCAGUAGGUACAACUUUUUGUGAAUUUGCUCACUUCAAAAAGAAAAAUUACAUAAUGUUGAAACAAGUCUCUGUGUAGACUGCAUUAAUUUCAGUAUUUCAUAUUUAUAGUGUCUCGCAGUAUGGCUUCAAUUGAAAGGCCAGCUGUUGUAGGCACUGCAACACUAAUAGUUUUCAUAAAAACUUCAUUUACAAUUUUUAUUUUUUCCAGUACUGCACAUGUAUUCUACCAGAAUGGAUCAGGCUAAAACUGUCUUUUUCUUUGCUGUGGUGUUCAGGACUGUAGAGUUGGCUUGCCUAAAGAUGACAGUAGUUUGCAAACCGCCUUUGUACUGCAUUGCAUGCUCUACAGUCUCCAAGGUGGUCAUUCUGUAUCAUUUAAGAAAAGCCGGUACACUGUAGGAAAUGACAUCUUCAUGGCCAAUCUGACCUAGGGUUAUUAUGGAAAAAUAAAAUUAACUUUUUAGGCUUAGGUUGUCCUGUGUUGCUGCUAUUUAUUUCAUAGAAUUCAGAAGAGCUAAGUUUCCAUAGUACAAGAUAUGAGGUCAAUGGAUGCCAUGAACAUAGUUUAGCAUUAGAAACCUACAAUCUCAAGCUCCUCAUAAGAUUCUCGUGAUAUUGGUAGAUUUUUGGGCUCUUGGUAGGAAGAAUGAAAGUUCCAUAGGUCUUUGUAGGGUCCCUAUAUAUACAGGGCAUAACUAACACUAUAGCAACCACAGCAGCAGCUACAGAGCCCACAAUGUUAGGAGGGGAACCCACCUAGUACACAUUCAGUCAAGAGUUGAGAAUGUCCAGCAUUGCAUACAGUAUAUGCAGCACAUCCUCCACAGUGCUCUAAAUUGCCUGGAACAUUCAGGUCAGACAGUGCUACUUUUUAAUACACCUUUAACAAAUUGAUGCCUCAUGCACACAAUAUUGGGCAUUUUGGUGUUUAAUGUUAAAGAUGGAUGGAAGUAGGGGGCUAUUCAAAAUUUUGUAUGGGGCCCAGCCUCUCCUAGUUAAGCCCCUGAGCAUGUAGAUAGACAACAUUCUGCACUUUAGAUGCUGAUGAACUAGAAGUCCUAAUCUUUUAGGUCAGCCAGGCCUGUCUGUAGUAAGUGUUGUGUUUUUUAGCUGAAAAACCAAUGUGGUGCAGAUGUUUUCUCAGCCCCUACUUUUAAUCAGUACCAGCAUUACAUGUAGAAAUAUACUUUUUUUUUUUUUUUUUCCCUAGAAUACAAAUUGUAAAUGUUUUAUAAAUAUACAGAUUACUAUUUAAUAAUUCAUAUUGAUAAAGUAUUGUUAACCUCUUGGUAACAUGGUUAUCGGGGCAUUCAUUCAUUUCAACACCUGUUUUAAAGGUGUCCAAUAAAAAAGAUGUUCAUUGUUACAGGGAAAGAAUUGUGUGGUUUUUAUUUUAUUCUUGUAGCAACGAACAACAUUGUGGUAGCCAAUUACUCAUCAACAAUUUUAUACAGUAAUUCAUAUUUUUAUAUCUAAUUAUAUUCACAUGUAUAAAUAUAAAUACAUUGUUUUAUAUAUUUCAGAGUUAUUAAUUAAGGUGUAUAAAUUUAAAACUUUUGCUAUUCUACAAAAUGUAAAAAUAAGCUGGAAUAAAAUUUAUAUUUUUUGA